AUGAGACUACAAGGGGUAUCUGAAGAACAAAUCAAAAUGCAUGCAUUUCCAUUUUCAUUAGCCGAUAGAGCUAAGGAUUGGCUAUUCUAUUUGCCAUCUGAUUCUAUCACCACAUGGACGGAUAUACCAAGAGCAUUCCUUGACAAGUUCUUUCCCGCCUCAAGAGCCGCAAGUAUAAGGAGGGAAAUAUGUGGAAUCAAGCAAAAAGAUGUGGAGAAUCUCCAUGAAUAUUGGGAACGGUUCAAAAAAUUAUGCGCGAGUUGCCCUCAACAUGGAAUUACCGAACAACUUCUCAUCCAAUACUUUUAUGAGGGAUUGUUACCCAUGGAGAGAAAAAAGAUGGAUGCCGCUAGUGGAGACGCUAUAGUGAACAAAACUGCUCAAGCCGCUAGGGAAUUGAUCUCCAUCAUGGCUGCCAACUCUCAACAAUUUGGCUUCAGUCAAGACUCAACACUAAGAAGAGUGAAUGAGGUAAGUAGCAAUUCUGUCGAAACUCAAUUUUCUAAACUAACCUCUCUUGUUCAACAAUUGGCCUUAGGAAAUGCACCAAAAGCCAGAGUUUGCGGAGUUUGUACUGAUCCAAGUCAUCCAACCGACAUGUGUCUAACACUUCAAGAGGAUUCUAAUGAGCAAGUUAACAUGGUUGGAGGAUUUCCAAAUAAGCAGUGUGAUCCAUAUUCAAACACGUACAAUCCAGGAUAUAGGGAUCAUCCUAACCUUAGCUAUGGAUCAAUAAAUCAAAAUUUCCAACAAAGAUCGGGAAAUUUCCAACAAUCACCUCUCGUAAAGCAAGGUAUGUCUCUUGAGGAUAUUGUUAAAGAGCUUGCUAAUAAUACAAAUGUUUUUCAAUAG